AGACUCUCCCAGUCCCUUCCUCUCCUGCUGCCUUUCUCUCUUCUCGGUGAAGCGUGUGUUCAUUUCACUGUUUUGGUUUCAUCUCCCGCUCUUUCUUUACCCCGUGCUCCGGCCAAGUGCUGGAACCAAGAAAGCCUCAUGGGGCGGCCGGCCGACGGGCGGUAGAGAGGCGGAGAUGGGCUGGGCGCCUAGGUGGCUGCGCGGGCUGCUCGGCGGCGGCAGGAAGGCCGCCGUGACGAAGCCGGCGAAGGAGAAGAAGCUCUGGGGAUUCGGGAAGUCCUUCCGGGAAAAGGACCCCGCGCCAGCGCCGGAACGGCCUCGGACGCCUUCGGUGCAGCCCACGGCGACGCCUCGCCGGGGGUUUGCGGCGGCGCCGGAUGAGGCGGACGACGAGCAGAGCAAGCGUGCUAUCGCUGUGGCCGCGGCGACGGCGGCGGUGGCAGAGGCCGCCGUCGCUGCUGCCCAGGCGGCCGCCGCCGUGGUGCGGUUGACGAGCUCCGGCCGGUGCCCACCGCCGGCCGCCGCGAAGCGGGAGGAGUGGGCGGCUGUUCGGAUCCAGGCCGCUUUCCGUGGCUACCUGGCGAGGCGGGCGCUGAAGGCGUUGAGGGGGCUGGUGAAGCUGCAGGCGCUGGUCCGGGGCAACAUUGUGCGGCGGCAGGCGGCGGAGACGCUGCGAUGCAUGCACGCGCUCGUCCGCGUCCAGGCGCGCGCGCGCGCGUGUCGCGCAAUUCGCUCGCAGCAUGUCGCGGCUCAUCCGGAUCCGCCAACGCCGGAGAAGUACGAUCAGGCGGGUGCCCCCAGGCACGCCCGUUCCGGCUCUCUGAAGGCAAACUCUUCCAAGACGCCGGGCGGCGAGAGGCUGGGUAGGGAGAGGUCGGAAUCUUGCGGGAGGAACUGGCUGGACCGCUGGGUGGAGGAGAGGUACACGGACGACGAGAAGAACGCCAAGAUUCUCGAAGUGGACAACGGCAAGCCAGGGCGGCACGGUUCCAAGCGGCGCGGCGGCAACCAUCACCAGUCGCCGUGCUCGACGAUGACCUCCGAGCAGAACAGCCGGAGCUACGCGACCAUGCCGGAGUCGCCGUCCAAGGACUCGACGACCGCGCAGCAGUCCGUGCCGAGCCCGUCGUCCGUGGGCAUGGCUGCCGAGGCCCUGAGCCCGCUGCGCGUGCCAGCGGACAUCGCCGAGCUCUGCGACAGCCCCCAGUUCUUCUCGGCGACGUCGCGGCCCGGGAGCUCCAGGAGGGGGGGCGCGUUCACGCCGGCGGCCAAGAGCGAGUGCUCGCGCAGCCUCUUCGGCGGCUACUCCGACUGCCCCAACUACAUGGCGAACACGGAGUCGUUCCGCGCCAAGGCGCGUUCCCAGAGCGCGCCCAAGCAGAGGCCGCAGCAGCAGUACGAGAAGUCGGGCUCCCUCCGCAGGGCGUCGGCGCACGCCCUCGCGGCGGGGCCGGCAGCGGCACAGAGGUCGGUGGCCUCGUUGCACGCCAUGAAGGCGUAUCCGGGCUCCGGCAGAUUGGACCGACUUGGCAUGCCGGUCAGGUACUGAUCCGGAUCCUACCUAGCUCGCUUCAGGAUAAUGUGGUGCUGCGCCUGAACUGAUUGAUACCCAGUGUCUCAACUCAAGCGAUGAGGAUGAAGUGAAUUCUACUAGUGGUCGUUAUUAGAUCUUGUUCCUUCGGUGGUGCCUAUUACCGUCAACAGUUUUCUGUUUGUUGCUUUGUGUAGCGAAGUGUAAGUUGCUGGUACGUAGCUGGUAAUACUAUGCGUGCUUAACCGC